AUGGCCGAGGGAAAGCUAGCAUCAGAGCUAUCGGCGUGGAGCAAGCUACAGAGCCUUUACGACAGCAAACAUGCCUCGCUCAGUCUCAAGCAGCUCUUCAGCUCGGAUGUCAAGCGAUUCGAAAAGCUCUCAAGGACGUAUACAUCGCCCACCGGCGAGCCCGUUGAGAUCUUGCUCGACUUUAGCAAGAACCUGAUUGAUGACGAGAUCUUUGCCACCCUCAUUCAGCUCGUUAGGGAAGCGGGCGUAGAGCAGACCCGUGACAAGGUCUUCGCCGGUGAGCAUGUCAACACGACCGAAGACAGAGCGGUCUUACACGUCGCUCUGCGCAACACUGGCGUCGAGAAGCCGUUCACAAUCAAUGAGCCUGGCGUAGACGAGGUCGCAGACGUUUUGAAGCAUAUGAAGGAGUUCAGCGAUGCUAUUCGUUCCGGCUCUUGGAAGGGAUACACAGGCAAGACGAUCUCUUCGGUGGUCAACGUUGGCAUCGGCGGAUCUGAUCUUGGCCCCGUCAUGGUGACGGAAGCGCUCAAGUCGUACGGGGACCGCAAGAUUCACCCGCACUUUUGCAGCAACAUCGAUGGAACUCAUAUGGCCGAGAUUCUCAAGGAAUGUGAUCCGGAAACAACGCUCUUCAUCAUCGCGAGUAAGACGUUCACCACCCAAGAGACGAUCACCAAUGCAGAAUCUGCUCGAGAAUGGUUCCUCAAGACUGCUGGCGACAAGAAGCACGUUGCCAAACACUUUGUUGCACUCUCGACGAACACAAAGGCAGUCACAGGCUUCGGCAUUGACGAGAGCAAUAUGUUCAAGUUCUGGGAUUGGGUCGGCGGUCGCUACUCGCUCUGGUCUGCGAUCGGCCUCUCAAUCGCGAUCUAUCUGGGCUUUGAUAACUUCAGCCAGCUCCUGGCGGGAGCACACGCAAUGGAUUUACACUUCAAAGAGACUCCGCUCGAGCAAAAUUUACCUGUCAUCCUAGCCGUCAUCGGCAUCUGGUACAACGAUUUCUAUGGCGCUCAAACGCAAGCUCUGCUUCCUUAUGACCAAUACAUGCACCAAUUCGCGAACUACUUCCAGCAAGGUGAUAUGGAAAGCAACGGCAAGCACGUCACCAAGGAUGGCAAGACCGUCAAUUACCAGACAGGACCGAUCCUGUGGGGCGCAAGUGGCACCAAUGGACAGCAUGCUUUCUACCAACUGAUCCAUCAAGGCACGAAGCUCAUACCGGCCGAUUUCCUUGCGCCUGCCCAGACACAAAACCCUAUCUCUGGUGGAAAACACCACGAGAUUCUGCUGUCCAACUUCUUCGCUCAGCCAGAAGCCCUCGCCUUCGGCAAGACGGAAGAGGAAGUCAAGCAGGAACUGGGUGCAGAGGCAAGCAACGAGAUCCUGGUCAAGAGCAAAGCGUUUGAAGGCAACCGACCAACAAAUUCGAUCAUGUUCACCAAGCUUACGCCUGCCACACUUGGCGCUCUCAUCGCAAUGUACGAGCAAAAGAUCUUUGUGCAAGGCGCAAUUUGGAACAUCAACUCGUUCGAUCAGUUCGGUGUCGAGCUUGGUAAGGUGUUGGCGAAGAAGAUCCUGCCCCAGCUCAAGUCGCCCGAUCAAGUCACCGGUCACGAUAGCUCGACCACGGGCCUCAUUCACUUUUACCAGAAGCAUCGCUGA